AUGAAGAUGCAGACGUUUCUCCACUUCCAGGACAGAAAAAGGUUGGAAAAAAUUAUAAAAUCGGCAGAGGAAUAUACUGUGAUGCUAAAGAUUAUCGAGCCGUUUAAAGAUAAAGUCGAUGUUCAUGUAACGACUCGAAUAGAAAGCUGCAUACCCAGAAAACCACAAACAUUUCUUGGCCGAGACGCUGAAGUCAACCGAAUAACUACUUCCUUGAUGAAGAAUAACUGCGGAAUUGUCUCCAUUGUCGGUGAACCAGGUUUUGGCAAGAGCACGGUUGCCAUUGAAGUUUCUCAUCACAUAAGCCAAAGUACUGUCGUCAUUUAUUCGUUCCUGUCAAAUACUUCAACUGUUUCUGAGGUGAUCGUACGUCUCUGUCAUGACGUUGGCAUUGUUCCUGGAGAAGACCCUGAAUCAUCGUUAUUGUCUUGGUUGAAAAGCAUUGAAAAGAAAGUUGUUCUUGUUAUGGAUAACGUCCAGCAGCUGCUUGGAAGCGAUGUGAAACCUCAGUUCAUUGAAUUACUGCUUACGCUGCGCAAAAAAUCACCUGAAUAUUUGCAGAUCCUAACAACAUCCAGAACAGAAUUCCAAAUCCCUGGGCAAACCGUAGUAAACCACCAACUACAAGUGUUGGAUGUCAAAUCUAGUAUUGAACUUUUGAGAAAGUGUUGCGCUGAUGAAAAAAUUGAAGAUAUACGUUUGUCUGAAUUGGCUAACCUGUGUGGCUUUGUUCCUCUCGCCCUGUGUGUGGCAGGAACACUGAUUCCUAACCUCGAUGAUCCUUCAGAGUUGGUACAGUGGUUAAGAGAGAAUCCUAUUGAAGCAUCGAGCGACUCCAAACAGUGUGUUCUUCAAAAAGUCAUCGAGUUCUCGUUUCAGAAGUUAAGUGAUGACGAUAAGAAAGCGUUGGUUUGUCUUUCGGUGUUUGAUGGGAAUUUUGAGACAAUUCAUGCAAAAAAGGUAAUUGAAAGAAGUACUAAGUUAGAAACCCUCGAAUUUUUGAAAAAUCUAGUUUGUCGAGGUUUAAUACAAGGUACUGAUGAUACGAACUUUGUGAUUCAUCCCUUCGUCAGACGGUUCUUGGCUGAUCAUGACCACUUUCAAUUUGAAAAGGCAAUAGCUCAGGGAUUGAUGGUGAAACAUUUUCUAACGAUGUGCCAUUCGUUAACCAGGAUUAUUAUUCACACAACGGAUUUACUAAAGCCAGAGAAUCGCUGA